AUGGAUAUAGAAAGAUUCAAGAGACUCAGUAUUCCUAAAAUUGAAGCAGGAAAAAUGACUGAAGUUGUUAGGGAUGUUAUAAAAGAAGUUCGAACUAAUAAGCAAAAUGUUUACGAAAAGACAUCUGAAGAUCUGAAACCUCUAACGGAAAAGUUUGAUGAGGAGAUAGAGGAGAUCAGUAAAUUGAAAGAAGAUGUUAAUAAACAAAUUAUCCCCUAUGGUGAUCAAGUUCAAAGAUUAGCAUUACCAGGCCCAAGUGGUGAGGUGGCACCCAAAAUGAUAGCUGAUAUGAAUAAAGGAUUUACUCAAGAAGAAUUGGAAUUCAUACAAAACCAGCAAUUGCCAUUACCAGCUGACAUCUUUUUGCAAACCUUAAAAGAGCCAAAUUAUGCGAAACAAAUUCUGGAUGAAUCUGGUGCAAUAAAUAAAAAAUUGGGUCGGAAAAAAGGCCAUUUGAGCACAACAAAAACUAACAGAAAGAAGAAUAAGGACCAGAUUGCCGAAUAUGAUGAAGGAAUUGAGAUUAUUAGAAAAUACCGACAAAGAAUUGGCAUUUUAGAGGAAGGUACAAAAACUCUAAAGGUUGGGAAAGGUAUUUAUACACAAAAAAAGACAAAUGCCUAUAAGAUUAACCCUAAUACUGGUGUUUAUGGAAAUGUAACCAUUGACGUGCCCAAACUUUAUGGCCAGCUCAAGCUAAUUGCUCAUAAGGAUGGUAAAAAAGUAUAUGAUAAGCAAGUGGACUUUGAUACCCUUGAUCUGCUCACAAAGCGGUUCAAUAGUAAAAAGAAGUAUUCACCAUUA